GGUGCGACUCAGCAGUUGCGACAUGAACGCCGAGCGCGUCGUUUCUGUUUCUGUGUCUAGUUGUGUAAAAUCCCUCACCGAUGGUUUUUACUCAACAAAAAAUCCCGUAUCUGUGACAAACCGAGUGCAAGACUAACCGUAGAACUCAGUAAGAGCGUGAAAGCAGAGGUUUAGUGUCGUUGUCGUAUUAGAUCGGCAAGUGGGAAAUGUUUAUGUUGUUUUAAAGUUAGUGGUUUGGAGUUUUGUUUCCACCGAUAUUCAGUGCUCGUGGAUGAAGUAAAUGGUGUACAUUCGUGAUAACAUCCUGACAACCUGAGGAUCUAACCUCUCUGGAGUAUUUAACACUUCUCUGGAUUAUUUUUUUUUUCAGCCCUCGACAAGUGAAAAUAAAAGUGAAAAAAAAAACAACUUGUAACGCUUGAUUGCCGUUGUUGGCGCGACGAGGUGCGUCAAGGCAUUUCUUCGGAAACUGUCGCGUGGUGGCACUGGUGAACGCUUAAGGGGUAAUCGACCUCUUUUUUUUCUAGCUGAGUUUAUUCUUAUCCCGGAGCAACAAACAAUAACCGGUAAGCCUCGUCGAUUAUUAUCUCCACCGAGUAACAAAAGGCUAUUUCAAUCCAGUGAACGAUGACAUUUAAAUGGGCAUGAGAUAUCUUUCCGUAUGCAAUCUCGUGGAAGGACAAGUUAAUUCCCUUCAGCAGCAUUUAUCAUUCACUGGAUCCAAGUGAAGUUUAUGGAUAGGAUGAGAUGGAAAGUACCGAGUACGAUGGUUGAUUUAUGAGUGGAGCCCGUGGGCAUUAAAUAUGAGCAUUUCAUCGUGCUUCAGGAUGAUUGAAAAUCUUAUUAUUUUGGGUCUUCUUAGCCUUGUUGGAAGAUGUCUCGCUUGGCCGAGUGAUCCAGUGCCACAUCUACAUAUCAAGCCCUGGGAUGUGAUCGGCCAGAGGUUCUUGGGAAAUGAGAGUCACGUGGAGCACUUUAAGCUUCUUGAACGGGCGCCUACUUUUAUCCUGAUUGGUGCAAGAAAUGCCAUUUACAACAUCAGUCUCCAUGAUCUGACGGAAAUCGCUGAUCAGAGAGUCCAGUGGCCGUCUACAGACGCCCACCGAGAAUUAUGUUACCUGAAAGGCCCUAGUAAUGACGAUUGUCAGAAUUACGUCCGUGUAUUCGGACGUCAGGGACCAGAUAAGUUUCUGGCAUGUGGAACAAAUGCCUACAAGCCUCAGUGCCGACAAUUCAUCCUGCAGGAUGGCUCUUACGUUGGAAGUGGUGACACUGAUGGUCUAGGUCUCUGUCCAUAUGAUCCACAGCAUAAUAGCACAGCAGUUUUUGCUGGUGGACAGUUGUACGCAGCGACGGUCGCGGACUUCUCUGGUGGCGAGCCAUUAAUCCAUCGCGAGAAAAUUCGAACUGAACGUUCUGAUCUCAAUCAAUUGAACGGACCGAAUUUCGUUAGCUCUUUCGCUUACGGCGAUUAUGUAUUCUUUUUCUAUCGAGAGACUGCUGUGGAAUAUAUGAAUUGUGGAAAGGCGGUGUAUUCACGAGUCGGCCGCGUAUGUCAGCAUGACAAAGGUGGCCCCCAUGCAUUUAGCGACAGAUGGACGAGUUUCCUGAAAGCCAGACUUAAUUGCUCGGUACCAGGAGAAUAUCCUUUCUAUUUUAACGAAAUCCAAUCAAUGAGCGACGUAACAGAGGGCUUCUACGCUGGCCGCCACGAUCAAUUGAUUUACGGUAUUUUCACAACCCCAGUGAAUUCAAUUGGGGGUUCAGCAGUGUGUGCAUUCGCCAUGAGCAGUGUUCUCGAGGUCUUCCAGGGUGCAUUCAAGGAGCAAGAAACGAUAAAUAGUAAUUGGCUCAGAGUAUUGCCAGAAAAAGUGCCGGAGCUACGUCCAGGUGCAUGUGUCAAUGAUUCUAGAACACUUCCAGACAUAACAGUGAAUUUUGUUAAAACCCAUCCCUUGAUGGAUGAUGCUGUACAAUCAUUCUUUGCACUGCCUGUUCUGACAAAAGUCAGUUUUAAUUAUAGAUUUACUAAAGUUGCCGUCGAUCCCCAAGUUAAAGCACUCGAUGGGAGAACCUACGAUAUUUUAUAUAUUGGCACUGACGACGGUAGAGUUAUAAAGGCCCUGAACACAAAAGCACCAGACUCACUGACCGAAGUCGGUCAGGUCAUUGUGAGCGACGUUCAAGUGCUUCGAUAUGGUACAGCAAUAAAAGAUCUCCAAGUAGUUCACCUUGCCGGUGAAGCAAGUAAACUAGUUGUUAUAGCUGAUUCUGAAAUAAGAGCAAUACCCCUGCACCACUGCGACAGUCAGGCGGCAAAUUCUUGCGUUGCCUGCGUCGCACUUCAGGAUCCGCAUUGCGCCUGGGAUGAAAUGACACAUACAUGCGUAGCAGUGCCAACAAAGUUGCAUGAUAAUGAUGCCAGCAAAACCUUGUUCCAAGAUAUUAUUAAUGGAAAACACAAGGGAUGCGGCUAUAAACAAGUGAGUACUGUCUCGGAGAUGGCGAAACCAGUGCUACCUGUGGUACCACCUAGCGUAGGACGUGGUGAGCUGCCUGACGAAAGGGACAAUGAAAUCGUCAUCGAGUUGGACCGUGAAAAUCAGUACAGUCGAACACAGCCAAGAGCUAACGAGCCACAAGGAGUGAUAGUCACCCCAGCCGUCUACUCAGCGCAAACUUUAACCGGCGCGUUGAUCGGCACUUGCUUCUUCUCUUUGAUAGCAGGUUUCGCCUCAGGUUUCUGGUUUUCCCAGCGUCUCCGAGGCACCCCAUAUCCCGAUCCUCCUGAGCAACGUCAACAAUUAAAUCGCCUCACCGAGUCCUCAGAAUCUCCCGCUGGUUUUAACAAUAAAUCUAUAAACCUCGUUUUAAACGUUCCUCCAAAAAAUCCAAAUGGAAAAAAUGCAAACUCCUCAGCCGAAAAUAAACCAAUGCAAAAAGUCAAGAAGACGUACAUAUGAUAUAGAAGACGUCGAGCCGUGUGAGGCUUGGCUGAUCGUGACGAUGAUACCCAUGUAUCCACAGGCUCGUCGUCCGAUGCAACUGAAUCCGAAAAUUCCUACAACGAAAAUAUUUACGAGAAGACAAGCUCAAAAAAAACAUCAAUACCCGCAUCAACAGUCACAUGCAGCUCUUCCGAAAUUGAUUUACGACACAUUAACAAUGCGUUCGAUCCACCAGGCUAUGACAUUGUCGUUAAGCCGGAGUUUAUUGUACCCCAGCGUGCCGAACAGUUCUCCCACAAUCGUGCAAGACUGACUUACAAAGAUACCAGCGCCGAAAGUAAUCCAACAAAUCCACCAAAAACAUCUAGACCACGGAGUAGAUAUCACGAUUACCAGAGUAUUGAUACAUCCCACGAGCACUAUAUGAUACCAACGACAAAUCCUAAAGACAAGCGUACAUUGUCACUGUUUAAUCCUGAAUUUCUACCAAAUUUCAACGACAUGAUGAUGUACGUUUCACAACCCAAUGAGGCAUUGUCGAGUGUCUCACUACCCUGGAAUCGUACAGACAUUAAUUACCAUAAUGCUUCCACAAUUAGACACUCGUUAGACAAUGAUCCAACUGUUAAUGAACAUUUUUUCAUGAAGAGUUCAACACCAGUCAGGGAUCCGAGUUAUGAUAGUUUACAACAUGAGAGGUACAAUAAUCAGAUUAUUGCUAAUGAAAAUUUGUACGCUUCCGUUAUUAGACAGGAUAACGAUUGUAAAUCGAGCAAUGUUGAGUACAAUUGUUAAAUUGAAAGAACGGAGGGGAGGGGAGGGGGGAUUUUUUUUAGCUUUAUUGAUUGAUAUUUUUCGUCUCCCGGAUUGAGUGUCACCAGGUUGGAAUGUCAGCCACUGUGAAUGGUUAUUUACGUAUACGGUGAGAACGUACUUGUGAUAAAGACUGGUGGUACUGUGUUCUUAGUAGUGGCCUGUUAGGUGUUUAGGAGAAAAAAAAGUUGAAAAAUUGAAAAAAAAGUAAUAAUAAUGACUACGGUAUCGUUGCGUAUAACAUAAGCGUACUCAGCAGACGAAGCGUGCCUUCCAUGUAUUUUUGUUGGCAAUUUGGUAGUGGGUGGUAGUGGGCGGGGGCUGAUGUUUAAGGGAAAGAUUAGGACUUUUUAGCGCCAAUUUGGGGGAGGAGUUGCACAUGGUUUAUAAUACUUUGCAGCAGAUAGAUAAGCUUAGAGGAGACGUGACAUUUUUGGUGAUACUCUUGUAAGAAAAAGAGGAUCUGUAAAAAUUUUACUGUCUUGCUAAGAAAAUUGAAGCGAUUUCCCAGAGGGCGUUGACUUGCAGUUUUUCGGGAAUACUUCCGAGGAAAUUUUUUUUUAGAUUUAAAGGUAUUUGUAAAGAAUUGAAAACAGGAUAAAUCGAUUUCAAUUUGUGUUUUUUUUUUAUCAAUAUCGAUAUGAAAGUGAAAUUGAAUGUUUUUGCAUAUAUUGAACUCGAAAUUGGAAAUUGAAACCUGAGAAAGUAUAUGCCAAGUUCUGUUUGUGGUCAGUAAAUAAUUGACAAUAUUAUAUGAAAAUAUUAAAUUCUCAUGAAAUCCUUCAAUUGUAUCUACCUUAAUUAAUUAAUGAAAUUGAUAUAAUUACUUCAUAUAAAUUUUAUAUUGCUCCAAAACUCACUUCUCCCCAAAAAAUAAGACUAAAAAGUAAUAAAGAAUGGCAGAUAUACAUAGAAAGUAACGAUUGCGAUGUUUCUCAGAAAGGGUUCAAGCGUGUGGCAAAUAUUCAAAGGCAAUAACUGCCAAUAGCAGAAGGAAAACGACUUCAUAAAAAUCUUGUAAAUAAAUAUUACUUUUUAAUUAAUCUUGUCUUCGACUCGAUGGGACUUUUGAUCAUGGAUAUUUAAAAGGAUUUCGAGUGUAUAUACUACUUAUCCCGUCGAGAUAAAAAAAAAAAUGAAUGGACGAACAGAGCAAGGUGAAAAAAAAAUCGAUAGAGAGGAUUAAAUAGUGUUAGGUAAAAAACAUUUUGUACAAUCGCGCUUCGUAAUAUCGUGUUUCCUCGUCACUCGAGAUUAUAUUGUAUGUAUGAAACAAAAAAUUAAAUAUGUAUAUCAUAGUAUUUACAUGAGAAAUAAAGAAUGCAGAUAUGGCAGCUAUUUUACAUUUCUAUCGAUUUAUGGAACAAAAUAAUAAUAAAUACUUGCAAUAUAUUUGCCAUGCUCCAUGUACCUAAAACAAAUAUGGGAAUUAUUGUUAUGGGACUCUUUGAGGGUGACAUAAUUAUUUCAAGUAAACUUGCCCAUUUUAUUUUAGGUAUACUUAUUUAAAAUUAUUCCAUAUCGUUUUAUUUCUACGAUAUACUGUAAUUGACGACAAGAAAAUUGGAGAAUUAAUUAGGCACGUAGGCGACAAUUAAGGCAAAAUAAAUCGCGAAUUAUAUUGUAUCUAUAAAUAAAAGAAAGAAUAUAUAUGAAGAACAUUAACUGUAUUGUAUUAAAAAAAAGGCAUUUUAUUAGAUGAAUUUUUGAAUACGUGUGACGACAACAAAAUACCUAUGUAAAUAGUGGUUCGAAGUAAUUCAAUUGCCCAUGGGUUGUUAAAACAAUUGGAUUGAAUUACUACUGCGUAAAAUUAUUAACGUAUUUUGUUAAUUUUUCAAGUUUACCGUUGAGAAUAAUAAUUAAUUGCGGAUAAUUGGGAGUUCGAAAUUUUUUAAAUUUGAGAGAGAGAAAAUUAUUUUAUUCACGAAUAGACGAAUUAGAUCGAAAUUAAUAGUAUCUGCCGACUGUAUUGUUUAUUGAGGGGAUGAUUAGUGUGUGAAAAUGUGUAGGGAUAAUUGCUACAUUCCAUUUUAAAGCCAGGACUGCCAAAUUGGUCGGCCUCACGACAGCUUGAGUGGCCUUUGAAUUUUUCAAGAAUUCGCAUUUUUGGCUUACCACCAUAUAUUUUUACCAAACAAAUUAUUUUAAAAAUCAGCGGGGUAUGGAAUAAUUAAUAAGGUGAAAAAAUCAACCUUUCAUAUUCCGAGAAAAAAAUUAUGAAUAUCCAAGUAUCUUUUACAAUUUCAUUGAAGUUAUAUUUUGCAUAUUGUUAUUUUGUUUUUAAUUUAUUGUUCAUAAUUUGAAAUCUAUUAAAAUUGUGAAUAUAGAGAAAAAAAAACAAACAAAUUUUUUAUUUUUUAUUUUUCGAACAAAUAAUUUUUAUCAUGUUUGUAAAUUAUUCAUAGGGAAUUGUAAUUUUUUAUGAAAGGAGUCGUUAAAUAAACAAUGCUUGGAUAUUCUUAACUCAAAGAUGAACCAUUCAAUAUGAAUUUGAUAAUCAUCUGCCGAACAAGCUGACGUAUCGGCGAUCAGAUGAACAAUUAUAUAAAAAUUCGAUAAAAGAAAUAUUUUAGUGGCCUUUUUGUAGACAAAAUCAUCUGUGCUUUGUUGAAAAAACACGAUUAGAAGAAAAAACACGAACAAUUUGUAUAAGUUCUAGAUUACGCAAUUGUAAUACUCAUUAGUGAUAUUGGACUAGCUUGAGCAAAUUUCAAAUCGCCACGUCUUUCAAUUCUCACUCAUCAGUAAAAACAUGAUUUCAAGAGUAAGCAUAAUCCCUUCCUCUUUUCAAAUUUUUUUUAUAAUCGGGAAAUAUUGCUGAGUAGAAGGAAAUAGUUACAUAUUGAGUGUAAUGGCUACUUGAAUAAGGAUAAGGAGAGAAUCAAAAGUCAAUGGCAGUCCAGGCACAACAUGUAUGCUGUGCCAAUAAUACAAUGUGUUUUUUUUUGUAUAUAAAGGCGAUACAAAAUUUUUUCCAUUUUAGUAAAUUGAUGAAAUCGUGAAUAAUCAAAUUUCUAUGGCAAGAUUGGCGAUUUUCCAUCCAUCAUAGCCCAAUCAUACCCCAUAGAUAUGCCAUCUGUGGGGCUGUAGAAAAUUUAAUCUUCGAUAGAAGUUAACUUUUGACAUGUCAUUACGAUGAAAUCACUAUUCAUGGCUGUAAAUUCGAGAGAAUUUCGAAUUUUGUAGUAGUAGAAAAACGUACAUUUUCUAAAUUCCUUGAAUUUUCGGUUACAAAAUUUUUGGAGAUUUACGUGGAACUGUAAUGAGAUGAAAAAUAUCCGUAUUAAAAUUUUAGUUGAAAGAGAAUGAAUAUUUGAAAAAGGAUAUAUUCCAAAAAAUUUUCAAUUGACUUCUUUCAACUUCUGGAAUGUUUCGAAAAAAUUAUCUUGUUUGGAGUUAUUUCUGCUAUACACUCGAGAGAGCAGGUGAAUUUUUGUAGAUAUACAAAACCUACAAGCACUUAUCCAAAGCGUCAUAUGCACCUAAUUUCUCCAUAAAAUGAAGAAAAACUAGACACAAAAUGUGUCAUUGACUCAUUCAAUUGAUUAUAAUUUUUAAUAUCGAGCAAUCAUGACAGACUUGUGUGCUAUCCGUGCGUUUUAUAUUAAUUUUUAUGACUUAACGUUAACGAUCAUGUGAAGUGCUGUAUAUAAUUACGUGAAAGCUGUACCGAUGCAUGAUGAAUUUUUUUAUGAAAAAAAAAUCAUGAAUGACUAAAAUAAUUCAAAGUGAUCCACUUUAUGCCUAAACUCACAAGUUGAUGCUGAUUCAAGAAAACAAAAUGAAAAAUUAUAUGAUGAAAAUGUAAUUGUGUUUUAGAUAGGAAUAUAGGAACAAACUCCUCUACGAUAUUUCAUUUUUUAAGUAACGAAUAGUUUAUUAUAUAUUUUUUAAAAAGACUUUUAUGCGCUUUGAUAAGAGAAUCAUUCUUUCGUUUAAUUAGCCUCGUUAAUUAAUAAUCAUCGUUUGUCCCCCUGCAUUAUAAAUAAAAUCAUAAUCGCAAUGUAAUUUAUAAGAAACGAAAAAACUGAAAUAAAUGAAAAUAUAGAAAUAA